GGGAGACUUAGCUGGGGCCGCAGCGCGGCGGCGGCAACAUCACUCUCGCCGCCGCUGCUCCGCCCCAUCCCCUUCUGUUUUUCUCUCAUUCUCUGGUGGCGGCGGUGGGGAAGGCGGAGGCAGAGGCAGCAGCAGCCGCGCUGGCUGCAAUGAAUGAUCCCCCAGCUGGGGGGCAGGACUCCAGGUGAGCCUCUGCCCUCGGGAGGGCCGGGACCCCCGGCCGCCCCGCACGGCAGCCCCCGCCAUGGAUCCCUAGAGGGAGGAGGAGGAGGAGGCGAAGACAGCCCUGCCACCCACCCCCAUCCCAUUUUCCUCUUCCUUUAUCUCAUUGUUGCCGGAGCUGUUUACAGCAGCGCUCCCUCUGCCCCAGCAUGGGGCGGGCUCCCGGCACUGCCCUUCGGCAGGCGCUGCUCCCGCGGCUGCCCGGAGAUUCUGCCUAAUUCUACCUCCCCGGCCGGUACACCGAGGAUCUGAAAGCAGUGGAGGCCCGGACUGCAGCAGCGGCGGGGCCACUUCCCAGCAUCCCCACCCUAGGAGGCUGCAUGCGGAUUGAAGAGCGGCGCCUGGGGGCUGGGCCGGCCCCGCCGAUCCCGACCUAAGGAACAGGACAGCAGGACCGCCAAGGCUGCCGAGGGGAGCAGAGGAAAGGACAGAGCAGCAAGAUGGCCAGUAAGACCAAGACCAGUGAGGCCCUGAAGGUGGUGGCCCGGUGCCGCCCCCUCAGCAGGAAGGAGGAGGCAGCUGGUCACGAGCAGAUCCUGACCAUGGACGUGAAACUGGGCCAGGUGACCCUGCGGAACCCCCGUGCAGCCCCUGGAGAGCUGCCCAAGACCUUCACUUUUGACGCCGUGUACGAUGCCAGCUCCAAGCAGGCAGACCUGUAUGAUGAAACCGUGAGGCCCCUGAUAGACUCAGUGCUUCAGGGUUUCAAUGGCACAGUGUUUGCCUAUGGCCAGACGGGCACUGGCAAGACCUACACGAUGCAGGGAACCUGGGUGGAGCCUGAGCUGCGCGGGGUCAUCCCCAACGCCUUUGAACACAUCUUCACCCACAUCUCCCGCUCCCAGAACCAGCAGUACCUAGUCCGAGCCUCUUACUUGGAGAUCUACCAGGAGGAGAUUCGAGACCUUCUCUCCAAGGAGCCAGGCAAGAGGCUAGAGCUGAAGGAAAAUCCUGAGACAGGGGUCUACAUCAAGGACCUUUCUUCCUUUGUCACCAAGAAUGUCAAAGAGAUCGAACAUGUGAUGAACCUGGGGAACCAGACUCGUGCGGUGGGCAGCACCCACAUGAAUGAGGUCAGCUCCCGCUCCCACGCAAUCUUCGUGAUCACUGUGGAGUGCAGUGAGCGUGGCUCUGAUGGCCAGGACCACAUCCGUGUGGGGAAGCUCAAUCUGGUGGACCUGGCUGGCAGUGAGAGGCAGAACAAGGCAGGCCCUAACACCGCUGGAGGGACAGCCACACAGUCUACGGGUGGUGGUGGCGGUGGCAAUGGAGGUGGUGGUGGCAGCGGUGGAGAGAGACCUAAGGAAGCCUCCAAAAUCAACCUCUCUCUGUCUGCCCUGGGUAAUGUGAUUGCUGCUCUGGCCGGUAACAGGAGCACCCAUAUCCCCUACCGGGACUCUAAGCUGACCCGGCUGCUCCAGGACUCUCUGGGCGGGAAUGCCAAGACCAUCAUGGUGGCCACACUGGGGCCAGCUUCUCACAGCUAUGAUGAGAGCCUCUCCACCCUUCGCUUUGCCAAUCGAGCCAAGAACAUCAAGAACAAGCCUCGGGUGAAUGAGGAUCCCAAGGACACGCUGCUGCGGGAAUUCCAGGAGGAGAUUGCCCGCCUGAAGGCCCAGCUGGAGAAGAGGGGGAUGCUGGGGAAGAGGCCCCGGAGGAAGAGUAGCCGCAGGAAGAAGGCUGUAUCGGCCCCAGCUGGGUACCCUGAAGGGCCAGUGAUUGAGGCCUGGGUGGCUGAAGAGGAGGAUGACAACAACAACAACCACCGCCCGCCCCAGCCCAUCCUGGAGUCAGCCUUGGAGAAGAACAUGGAGAAUUACCUUCAGGAACAGAAGGAACGGCUGGAGGAAGAGAAGGCGGCCAUUCAGGAUGACCGCAGCCUGGUGAGUGAGGAGAAGCAGAAGCUGCUGGAGGAGAAGGAGAAGAUGCUGGAGGACCUGCGGCGGGAGCAGCAGGCCACAGAGCUGCUUGCAGCCAAGUACAAGGCCAUGGAGAGCAAGCUGCUGAUCGGUGGCAGAAACAUUAUGGAUCACACCAAUGAGCAGCAGAAGAUGUUGGAACUGAAGAGGCAGGAGAUUGCUGAACAGAAACGUCGUGAACGCGAAAUGCAGCAGGAGAUGAUGCUCCGAGAUGAGGAGACCAUGGAGCUCCGGGGUACUUACACCUCCCUGCAGCAGGAGGUGGAGGUCAAAACCAAGAAACUCAAGAAGCUCUACGCCAAGCUGCAGGCGGUGAAGGCGGAGAUCCAGGACCAACAUGAUGAGUACAUCCGCGUGCGGCAGGACCUGGAGGAGGCGCAGAACGAGCAGACCCGGGAACUCAAGCUCAAGUACCUAAUAAUCGAGAACUUCAUUCCCCCUGAGGAAAAGAACAAGAUCAUGAACCGGCUCUUCCUGGACUGUGAGGAGGAACAGUGGAAGUUCCAGCCGCUGGUGCCAGCUGGAGUGAAUAACAGCCAAAUGAAGAAGCGGCCAACAUCUGCAGUGGGCUACAAGAGGCCUAUCAGCCAGUAUGCUCGGGUUGCCAUGGCAAUGGGGUCCCACCCCAGGUAUAGGGCUGAAAACAUCAUGUUUUUGGAGUUGGACGUGUCCCCUCCAGCCGUCUUUGAGAUGGAAUUCUCUAAUGACCAAGAACAAGACCCUCGUGCACUACACAUGGAGAGGCUCAUGAGGCUGGACAGCUUUCUAGAAAGACCUUCCACAUCUAAAGUCCGAAAGUCCCGAUCCUGGUGCCAGAGUCCUCAGCGGCCUCCACCUUCCACCGCACAUGCCUCCCUGGCCUCUGCUUCUCUGCACCCUGCGACAGUGGUUGACCAUGAGUGACAGCCUUCACAGUCAGACUGCCCAUCCAACAGACUUUUAGGAUGGGGCAGCCAACCUGGGCUCAUCUCAUCUGCCGCUUGGUGUGUGUGUGUGUAAGUGUGCGUGCAUGUGCGUGUGUGUAUGUGUGAAGGGGUGAGGAUCUGGCAGAUGCUGCCUCUGCCUGCUAUUCUGCGCCUCCUUUAUUUAAUUCAUGUUAUUUAUUCGUGGAGCUCAGUUAUGUGGGGGAGGUGCCCUCGCCUGAGCAGCUUGGGCCUGUGGCCAUCACUGCAUAGUCUCCUUUUCUUCUGCCUGGAGACCCCUGGUCAGACCUCAAGCUCCUCCCUGUGUCUCCCACCCUCAGAGAGGAAGAUGGCUAGUGCCUGAGAAGACAGUACUUUUUCUACCCACCUCAUUCCAUAAUCUCCAUCUCCUCCUACCCUGAUGGUGAGCAGUCCCUAAGCACUUUCUGGGACUAGAAAACUACAGGGUGUCCACUGAGGACAAGAGACAUCCUAACAGUGUUGGGCCUGUGUUCCUGGUGGACAGAGCCUGCUCUCCACUUUCUGGGCCUCUGACAACCUCUUCUGGCCUCUUGGGCUCUUUUUCAAAGACUUAAACGACUUCACCAAAACUCAGCCUGUGCUCUUCGGCUUUGUCAAGAACUCACAGCUUCCCAAACUCUGCUUCCUGACCACCUUCCCAGCCCUUGGAUGGGAAUUAUGAACCAACCAGUUGUAGCCAACUCAGGACCUGCUGGAAAUGGAACAGUAUUGAGACAUCGUGGACUGUCAUCAAGGGAAGUUCCUCCUCUGAGUCCCUUUGUUUCUCUCCCUCUAGAAGUUCCUAUGAUUGAGGAACUCUCCAACCAACUCCCCGCCUUUUUCUUGUUUGUAGUCAGUACUGGGGAUUGAGCCCAGGGACACUCCACCAGUGUGCCACACACCCAGUCCGUUUAUUUAUUUAUUUAUUUUAAUUUUAAGACAGGGUCUAAUUUGCCUGGGCUGACCUCGAUCUUGCAAUCCUGCCUCACCCUCUGGAAUCACUGGAUUAUAGGUGUGCACCAUUGUGCCUGGUGCAACUACCAUGGCUUCUUCCUGCUUCCAUCAUUUUUCCCUGCCCCAUCUCAGUUCAUAGUGGGAGGGAUCUGCUCCUGGCUAAAUGAAGGUAUCCAAAUCUGUGGUUUUCCUCCUGUAUUUGGCCCAGGAGAUGGAGACCCAGGCGCAAUCAUUGCUAGCUUUGCCUAAUACUUCUGUUUCUCAGUCAUAUUUUGAUGGCACGAUUUUGUUGAAAACUGAUCUGUCCAUUACCGUGUGUGCAAGUUGGUCCCUCCUCAGGAAUCUUCCAUUGUGACAGCCCAAAAUGACCCCAGGUAUCACAAGUGAUAACUAAAUUUCUACACCUACCCCCCCCAAAAGUGAGUUAAUUUUUAUUGACUUUUUUAAAUCAUAUAAAACUUUCAUUAUUUUUUAAAAAGUCCUUGCACAUACUCAAUAUCACAAAAUUGUAUAGAGUUACUUUUUUUUUUUUCUUUUCUUUUCUUUUUGUUUUUGGUACUGGGGUUUGAACUCAGGGGCACUCGACCACUGAGCCACAUACCCAGCCCUAUUUUGUAUUUUACUUAAAGACAGGGUCUCACUGAGUUGCUUAGACCUCGCUUUUGCUGAGGCUGGCUUUGAAUUCCUCCUGUCUCAGCCUCCCCAGCUGCUGGGAUUAAAGGCGUUUGCCACCAUGCCCUGCUUGCAUAAAGUUAUUUUACAUGAGAAAUUACAUUUGAGUUAAAAUUGCAAAGUUCUACUCCAUAACGGUCACUGGAUUCCCUAUGCUUCCCUAAUAUGCCUCUAGGAAUAUGUCCAUGAUCCUAUGUCUAUCUUUUUCCAAGCCUUGGAUCUACUCAAAAGAUGCUGAUAAAUGCAAAGAUUUCUUAGAGAAGAAAUUGUAAUUUUUCUGUAAACAUUUAAUAGUUUAUUAUUUAAUUAUAUGUUGGUUUAAAAUAGAAAAUUCUCUAAUACUAAGGAUCAUAACACAAGUACAUUGACUUUUUUUUAUAGACAGGGUCUCACUGAGUUACUUAGCGCCUUGCCAUUGCUGAGGCUGGCUUUGAACUCAUGAUCCUCCUGUCUCAGCCUCCCUAGCUGCUGGGAUUACAGGCGUGCACUGUCACGCCUGGCUACCAUUGAUUUAUCUUUGAAGUUGGUAUAUUGGUGGAAGGGUGACGAGGAAAUCAUGAGAGCAGACAAGUAACUUAAGAUUUCAGACAGUCUUGCAGUGCGAGUCUCCUGUCUCUUGACCAUCACUGGAGUCAAGUGUGAGGCUGACAGAUGUGCUGCGGCAGGUGGCAGUGGGGACUAUUCUCUUCCCUUCAGGAAGUAAGCCCUUCUUGUGCCAUUUAAGUUCUCUGAAUGAUGAUUUGGUUUGAUUUAACUCAAUUGUUGUCUUUUCUGCUGUAUUUACUGGACUAGAUGGUUGAGCCACUCAAUUACCAUUUGUUCCUGUCCUUCAAGGAAAUCACAAUUUCAUCAGAGCCCAAGAUGAUUUGAGACUCAGGAUUCAGAUCAGAGAUCUGGCUAUGGCUGGGACAGAAGCUAUGUGUAGAUAUCCCCAGGUGGCCUGCGCAACGAGGGACUUCCAGGGGACCUCCCCCACUGACCUCUUUCUUGUUUGUGGAUGAAACAGCACGUGUCACCCCAUUCAUCAUUUGGACACACUGACUCUACAUUGUCUGGUCACUUGUCCCUCACAGUCUUAUAGCACAAUUUACCCACUCACCACCCCCAGUCUGUGGGCUGGGCCCAAGGUGUAGUCGGAGGAGGAGCUCCUGCCUGCAGUUUUGUGUACGUGUGUAUGUGUGUGUUUGUGUGUGUAUGUGUGUGUGUGUGUUGUACAGGAGACUACACUCAACGUAAGAUACGCUGGGAACAGGGCCACUGGGGUGGCUAUAUCUCAGUCUCAGUCUCUCUCUUUCUCCUUUUCCUUUUGAUGUAUCAAACAUUUGAUUGACAAAGUAAGGGACUUGAUUAGGACCAAAUUUCCAUGUCUGUUGCUAUGGUCUUUAUUUAGGACAACAGUUAAUGCAGUGACCAAUUCUGUCACUCUAUACAUAUGACUAUAUGGGACAUAUGUAAUAUAUAAAUAUAUAUAUAAAACAUUACCCUCUGUCCCCUUGGCUCAGGAUGGAGGCCUCUUGGUUGAGCAGAAAUGCACUGCAGCUUGGUGCUGCCAGCAGCCUGCAGGUCCCAGCCCUGUUCAAAUCAACAGUUGACAAUAAAGGAAUGAGUAUCGUUGCGGAAAUGCC